UUCCUGGAAAAGAGGAGCCACCACCACUGCUGUGUCUGUGGGGACAAGGGGGGAGACCAGGGACCCAGGAAGUUCCCACACUCCGAUGUCACCAAACAGCCUGGGUUCAGGCCAGCCACAUAUUGCAGUGUGGCUGAUUCUGGUCACAGGCUUCCUGACACAGUGAGCGUCUCAGACAGGCCACCUGGACCUGCAGGCUCAGCAGAUGUGUCACACACACACAACAGACCCAGGCUGCACACAGGAAGCAGUCCCCGCCCAGCCAUGGAAUAAAGGCCCUGACAGCCACCCAGGCCCGGAGUCUACCUGCCUCCCGUGUCCACUGCUCACCAGGCUGCAGCUCCCCAAGAUGUCUGCGUGGGUGGUGCUGCUGGCCCUGCAGGCCUCUCUGCUGCUCCGCCUGGCCAGCUGCACGGCCCCCACGGCCACCCUGCGCUUUGUGGCUGUGGGUGACUGGGGCGGGGUUCCCAAUGCCCCAUUCCACACAGCCCGGGAGAUGGCCAACGCCAAGGAGAUCGCCAAAGCUGUGCAGAUGAUGGGGGCCGACUUCAUCCUGUCCCUGGGGGACAACUUCUACUUCACCGGCGUCCAUGAUGUCAAUGACAAGAGGUUCCAGGAGACCUUUGAGGACGUGUUCUCUGACCGCGCCCUGCGCAAUGUGCCCUGGUACGUGCUGGCCGGGAACCACGACCACCUUGGGAACGUCUCAGCACAAAUCGCCUACUCCAAGGUCUCCAAGCGGUGGAACUUUCCCAGCUCAUUCUACCGCCUGCACUUCAAGAUUCCGCGGUCCAACGUGACCGUGGCUAUCUUCAUGCUGGACACGGUGACAUUGUGUGGCAACUCCGAUGACUUCCUCAGCCAGCAGCCUGAGAGGCCCCGGGACCUGGCAGUAGCCCGGACCCAGCUGUCCUGGCUGAAGAAGCAGCUGGCGGCGGCCAAGGAGGACUACGUGCUGGUGGCCGGCCACUACCCUGUGUGGUCCAUCGCUGAGCAUGGGCCCACCCGCUGCCUGGUCAAGCACCUUCGGCCCCUGCUGGUCACCUAUGGGGUCACAGCCUACCUGUGUGGCCAUGACCACAACCUGCAGUACCUUCAGGAUGAGAAAGGCGUUGGCUAUGUGCUGAGUGGGGCUGGGAACUUCAUGGACCCCUCCGUGCGGCACCAGCGCAAAGUCCCCAACGGCUACCUGCGGUUCCACUACGGCUCCGAGGACUCGCUGGGUGGCUUUGCCUACGUGGAGAUCGGCGCCAAAGAAAUGACAGUCACUUACAUCGAAGCCUCGGGCAAGUCCCUCUUCAAGACCAGCCUGCCUCGGCGGCCCAGGCCCUGA